UGAUUUCAGUUGACUAACAUACGUACGCAGCAAUCGAAGUCACACUAUAUUCUCAGUUCAAAUUUAUAAAAUUUAUAGUUGCAAGAGAAUUUUACAUAUAAUUUAUUAUUGUCGCAGUAUAUCGAGUUUAGACUGUUUAAAAUUACAGCACGAUGUCUUCGUCUAGAUCAUCCAGCAUUAGCGAAGGUUCAAAACGUUCCAUAUCCCAGGAGUUUCUAAAUAUGCGGAAUAAAUGUGCAAGACGUGUGGAUCAACUCGAAAACGAUGUCCUACAAUGCUGUCGGGAUCUUAAGAAGCAAUAUAAGGAGGAGACAAAGGAAAAAACAUUUCCGAGAUCAGAAUAUCUAGAAAAACCGGCAAACUAUGUGGAAACCGAUAAAUUUGUUUCCUGGCACUACGAUAUGUCAGAGUUUCCAGUGGAGAAUAUGUGCAUUCAAUUGAAAAAUGGACGUGUCCAUAUCUCGGCUUACUUCAAGGAUGAUACACAAUCUUUGGAUAUCAAGCGGGAGUUUUUGAUCCCAGAUCAUGUUGAGAAGUCUAAGCUGACCGCUCGUUUGACUCCCAACGGUAUACUGACCCUAUCAGUUCCUGUGAAGAUAGUACAGCCGGAUGAUCAAGAAGUAAAGAAUUGAUAUCUAUGAUUUUGAUUCCUUCUACAUAUAUUAUAUUAUUGCAUUUUUG